AUGCGAAACAAUAUGAAUUGUUUUGUAGCCAUGUCAUUCAACACGUCUCUUUUCAUUCUCAUCGUUGCUUUUUCUUCGUUGGCUCUGUGCCAAAAAGAUGAAAAGAAAAGUGGUCCACCAGGGCACUUCCUUUUCGGACCAUCUUAUUUGGCUAAUUUGACGAAAGAGGAGAAGCAAGAGUACUACGGAAUCUUUCAAAAUCAGAAGUUGACCAUUAAACAACAGGAAGAACAGAGACUUGCCUUCGCAAAGAAACAUGGAUUUGAGCAAGCCAUCAAAGACGACAUCAAAUUGAAAGAAGAAAAUCACGAAGUGGUGAGAAAGGAGAGACCAGAACUCAUCAAGAACCUUUUGACUGUUCACAAUGAACUCAUGAAGAUUUUUGACAACAAGGAUCAGACUUUGACUCAACAAGAAGCUGCUGUAUCUGCGUUGAGAGAGAAAUAUCCAAAUGCUCCUGCAACUCUCUACUACAUUUCUCGCUUGAUCACUGGACAAGAUAGACGUGCAAAGCCACAUCACAAGCAUCAUUAA